ACCGUUGCUGUGUACAUUCCGUCUUGCGCGCGUUAUCGCCAGUCACCGGUCCUAAUUCAAUAGAGCAAACCCCGUGCGGCUCGUCGGGACUACCGCACCGCUAUAUAUUGGCUGUGAUAUCGGCGGUGAACGCAUUCAGUUCACUGACCAUUUCUCUUUUCUAUCGUGUGUGUGAUUGCGUGUGUUUUCCUGCCCUUCCGGGAAGGGAUUCACAUCUGCGAUGAAGCUGCUUGUGAGGUCAGCUGCCGACCGAAACGGACAGCAACAACAGUCAAAAAGUAAUACUGCGUUCAACAUCCAACGCCGGAGCGUAUUGCAGUCUAUGGUGUGGGGAAUCUAUGUGAUGGUGUUGUUGAAGUUUACGGUCGGUUUGCUGCCGGUUAUCGAUGGUUACGACAGCAGCGAUUCUAGUGCAUCUAUGGAAGAAACAGUCCUUCGGCAUGACAAUCAUCUGAACAACACCCACUAUAAAACUUUAAGUGACAAGCAGAUGGUCGGCAUGCAUCGAAGGAAUUACGACGGCGACGAUCUAAAGGCUACCUACGGGCCAGAUUCACGGUUCGACAAACAUCCGUUCCAUUGUUCGGCGUGUCAGUUUAGGAGCGUUUUCGCAAAAGCCUCCCUCAAAUCGAUCAAAGCUCACGUUCUGAUGAAACUUGGAUUCGAAUAUCCACCAAAUCAGACCAACUAUCCCAAGGUGCCGGAUGACAUACUGAGAAGUUUCAACGAAAAAAUCAGCCACAGUCAGCAGUCGAGAAUGCGAGAAGCCGGAGAUCAGCAGUACAUGGGAGACGAUCCCAACGUGCACGAUCAACCGGAAGAGCUGGAUGAAGAUUUCGAUUACUAUCAGAUAACCAAUAAGAUUUAUAUCCUACCAAAUCGUAAGUACUGCUAAAAGCGGAAUGCUAACAAGAACUUUCUGUUCUCUUGUCUUUAUUUCGCAGGAAUCGAACUGAUGCGUCGUAGAUCUCACUCAUCAUUUAUUAAUAAUAUCUUGAAUGAUUUUUACAACUCUCUACUCUCACAAUAUAUGUUUCUUGGUUUCAGAAUCAAACGACCAAAUAUGAAGAACUGGUUUUAUGAAUAUCAUUAAUUUUCUCAGUACUUUUAGGACAGUGUAACUUCUUCAGGCAGGGCGAAUUAUGACUUGAAUUUUAAUAAAUGUCUUUACCGCUAUACCACAUUGUGCUAAUUUUGAAUUCCACACAAACCUGCAGCUACGCAACCAUAUUCACCGCC